AUGAAUGGCCACGGUACAGAACCGACUGAUAAGCACGAAUGCGAUACCAUUGCGUUGGAAAAUGAAUCGAUUUUGUGCGGAAUGGAAAUGAAACUAGAGCCGACCGUCAAACAAGAGCCAGAAGACAACGAUGGUAUUGCGAUUGUGUCAAGAGUGUCAAGAUCAGCGCACACAGCCAAUGGAACACCUGAAAAUGCGACUGCUAGUGGCCAAGUGAAUGGUACCAACAUUUGUUUCGAUUUCUACAAUCUGGACGAGGUAAAAUCGGAAGUAAAGACUGAAAAGGUUAAGGAUGAGGUGAAUCAAGUUCCAAGGAAGAGCUCUGACGAAAAUCGAAAGCCACGAAACGAUGCAAAUAAGCGUUUCCCGAUACCAAAAUCAAGUGGAUCGGACGACGGUGCGGCAAAGAAAAUGUCAGCCAAACCCGGGAAAUAUGACACAGCAAAAAGUUUCGGUGGCAAGAAGGUGCCACCCGAAGGCAAGGCAAAUGAAAAGCGACACAAAUGUUCAUUGUGCUAUUAUACCACUGACAUCAAAACCCAUUUGAAUAAUCACAUGCUCAAACACACUGGCGAACGACCAUUUCCAUGCAGCGUGUGCCAAAAACGAUUCACCCGGAAACAAAAUCUCCAAUCGCACAUGAAAACACACGUCGAUGAAUUUCUGUUCAGCUGCGCAAUUUGUUCACAAGGGUUUCAUCGCAGCGAGAAGGGGGAACAUGAAACCGGUUGCAAGAUUCGUCACUAUGAGUGUCAUCUGUGCAAGGAAUUCUCUACAUUGCAUAAGACGAAAUUGAAACGUCAUCUGCUUGUGCAUACCGGCGAGAGACCAUUCGAAUGCGACCAAUGCUUGAAAAGAUUCAAGCAAGGAAAUGCUUUAAAACGCCACCGCAAAACUCACACCAAUCCUCGUCCUCGUCCAUUCAAAAUCAAGUGUUCAUCUUGUUUCAGAAACUUCGCACAACAGAAGGGAAAGGAAAAUCAUGAAGCCAACUGCAAACGUCGCGGAUACCGUUGCUAUUUGUGCAAGACCUUCACAACUGAUCAAAAAGGAGAUUUAAUGAAGCACAUGCGAGUCCACACUGGCGAAAAGCCAUUCCGAUGUGAAACCUGCUCGAAGUGCUUCUCGCGAAAUGCAAGUCUCAUCCGGCACAAGAAUAUUCACAAGUAG